AUCACUCCCCUCUCUUCCCUCCUCUUCCUCUCUCUCGGUCAGCGCGUGCCUCUCGGAUGGAGCAGCAGCUCGCGCGCACUCACUCACUCACUAACGGCUGAACAGGAGCAAUGACAACUCUUCCUCCUCCUCUUCCUCCUCCUGGCGGGAUGGAGGGGCGCUGAUCAGGAGCCGCUUCAUCAUCACCGUCAUUACUGUCAGCACCGCCAUCACCACCAUCAUCAUCAUCAGCACCGGGAGCGGAGAGAGAGAGAGAGAGAGAGAGAGAGAGAGAGAGAGAGAGAGGGCGGAGCAGCUGCUCUCUGUGGGCUUAAAAAGUUGAGGAGGAUCCGGUUUAUCACCGGAGCACCGGAGGGGGCUCGGACCGUAUCCUUCCCCCACCCCGCUGACACGGACGCGGUGUCUCUGGAUUCACCGGGAAACCCACCCGCCGUGGUUCUGGAUGGAUUCGUUCUGGAUUCCGGGUCAAUAACGGACCUGCUUUUUUUUUUUUGUUCAUCACCCAGAACCUGACGUCCGGCGCUGUGACGGAUAAAUAAAUACUUUGUUCUUAAUUGUGUUCCGCUGUUUUAACGGUUCGGCGGGUUGGUGACUGUUCCCUGGAGGAUUUACGGCGAUCUUAGCGGAUCAAUAACGGAUUUUCAGACGUGAGUCUGAAAAUUUUUCAGGCGGCUUCCCCGAACCACUUUCACCGAGCUGUGCCGGGUCCAGCGGAUCCCGGGACGGCUCCUCGGUGACCGGCGUCUGGCCUCCGCCUCCCCCCGGGGACUGAGGAGGGGGCGAACCGCAGGCAGCACAGCAGGUGUCAGGGAGGGAAUGUUCCCGGUACUGGACAGGUCUGCCGCCCCGGAGGGACCGAAAAUUACCGAACACUUCCGAACGAACCCAACGGCGGGAAAACGGGAGAAGUUCUCCGAUGAUUUUAUUGUUUCUUUAAAAUUAUAAAAUUUUUAUUGAGCUGAUCAGCUGAUCUAUUGCUCAGUGACGAUCUAAUCAUCCUCAAUAUAGUUGCAGGAUAAUUUUUUUUAAUUUCGCCUGUUAUUCGUAGCUCAAAUGGUCUAAUAAUCCUGAAUAUAAAUCCUAUUUCUGGAUUUAAAUCCAACAAACCAAACAGUUUGAAUCAGAUUUUUCUCAAUAAAUUCCUAUCAAAAUCUAAUCUGUUAUCAAUAAACCCUAAUCCAAUUUCAAUAAAUGUCAAUCCCAGUUAUAGAUACAUUUUGAGUCUCUUAACUUCAGUUCUAAUCCCAUUUUAAUCUAAGUCAACCCCUGCUGUCCAACCCUUUCAAUCCUGGUUAUCAGUCAGUUUUAAUCCCAUUCAUCAAUGGGUUUUAAUCCCUCUUAUCAAUCAGUUCUAAGCCCAUUUCAGUUAGUUUUAAUCCUGAUUAUCAAUCGAUCCUAAUCCCAUUUCAAUCCAUCUGCCACACGAGGCGGGAGGAGUGAACGGUCUCCUCCUCUGUGAAAUAAACCCACAUGCUGGCUGUAAAUUAUCCACUUAAACCUCUCCAGAGAAGAAACUGUGAGCCAGAGCCUGCAGUGAGGGUUAUUAAGCGCCGCAUAUUAGCACUAAAUGCUCUGAUUAUUUCUAAUAAGGGCAGACAAUGCUUAAAGUACUCAUCUGGGUAGUUUAAAAAAAAAUUUCCAACAAAAAUGACGCUAGAAAUUUAACUGAAAGCCUGAAGAAAUUUAGCUUUUUUUCUCUAUUAGAAUGAAUUUAUGACGCAAACUCUGUUAGUAAAUGAGAUUUUGAUCUAAUUUAAAAGUCUUGACUCAACAGCUCCACGCUGACCUUAAUGUUCAGGAAGGCGUUUUAAUCUCCAGCUGUGUCAUCGUUUUAAACCCAAGAGGGUCCGAAUGGGCUUUAUUUAUGCUUUACUGCAGGUCUGGAGGAGCUUUAACUCUGAGCAAAUUAACUUUACAGCCACCUGCGGACAAUAAGCCGAAGCUUUGGGUCUCCUGCGUAUGGUGAGGCUUUGGUUGAUGGUCUCUCAUGUCGGACGUGUAAAACUCAGCUGAACUCUUUUAUCCUUUCUGUUGUUUUGAUGCAACUUCUGCAAAAAAGAAACUCAGGAAAACUGAGUAUUUUUCCGGUGGAGGUUUCUAAUUUAGCUUCGGCAGCUGGUUUCCUGUGAGACUCUAUGGAUGGUGUUCUCGCUGGAUAUCCACAUUCUCAACAGAAUACCUCCUCUUCUUCCUCCUCCUCAUCGUCUUUCUCCCUCUCGGUGUCCUGUACAGGAGAAAUCGAGCCAUGAGGCAUUGAUUUUCUUCUCGCCGCAAAACCAAAACGCACACGACCAUCUCAUCCAUCCUGGCUUGUCAGGUUUAUGGUCUGAAAUGUAAGAAGGCUUCAGUACUGAAGGACGUCUAUCACCGUCCGACAGUUAGGUCAGAGGUCGUACCAUUAGCAAGCAGCUCAAUCACCCAUCAAAUCAUCACCAGUCUGAUCGGAGCGUAGAUGAAUGAUUUUCUGAACUGGUUUCCAUAGGAACGUUUAAUGCUCAAUGGGACUCAACGACAGCAGCCCCGGCGCCAUGCGGAACGGCCGCGGCCUCUCCGACCAGUGGGCGGAGUCGGUGGUGGUCCGGCCUCGAACCACAGAGCGCCACAUCACGGUGCACAAGCGUCUGGUUCUGGGCUUCGCCUUGUCCAUCAUCACCCUCAUAAUCGUGACGGCGGUGGCCGUGACGCUCAGCGUCCGCUUCGAUGACUGCGGUGGACGGGAUCGCGGUGGAGGCAGAGGGGAGGCGGGUUCCAGAGGGUCCGGAGGGUCGGGAAGACUCAACGGGAGCAGAGGGGAGAGGAUGGGAGACAGAGGGGAUGAAGAGGUGGUCCAGCCGUGGAAAAACUCCCGGCUUCCGGGGUCAGUGAGGCCGCGGCACUACGACCUGCGGCUCGCCGUCUACAUGGACAACUUCACCUUCUCUGGAGAGGUCAGCAUCGAGCUGGAGUGCGUCAACGCCACCAGGUUCAUCGUGCUGCACGCUGACCGCCUCGAGGUGGACCGGGUUUCCGUGGCAGCCGAGAGCGGCGCCGGCGGCCGGCCCGCCAACAGGCCAGGGGGCGGAGUCAUGCGCGUCCACCGCCACUUCCCCUUCCCGGCCAAUCAGAUGUACGUGGUGGUUCUGCACCGCGAGCUGAAGCCCGGCAGGAUGUACCGGCUCAACGUCAGCUUCGACGCCGCCAUCGAGGACGAGCUGCUGGGAUUCUUCAGGAGCUCCUAUACCCUGCAGCGAGAGAGACGGUACCUGGCAGUGACCCAGUUCAGCCCCAUCCACGCCCGGAAGGCCUUCCCCUGCUUCGACGAGCCCGUCUACAAGGCCACCUUCUCGCUGAGCCUCCGCCACGACCCGCAGUACACGUCUCUGUCCAACAUGCCGGUGGACAGCAGCUGGCCGGACGAGGACGGCUGGGUGACCAACCGCUUCGCCCGGACGCCCCGCAUGUCCACCUACUACCUGGCCUGGGCCGUCUGCAACUUCACCUACAGGGAGACGCAGACCAGCGGCGGCGUGGCGAUCCGUCUGUACGCCCGGCCGGACGCCAUCUCCAGCGGCGCAGGCGACUACGCUCUGCACAUCACCAAGAGGCUGCUGGGAUUUUAUGAGGACUACUUCAAAGUGCAGUACUCCCUGCCGAAGCUAGACCUGCUGGCGGUGCCCAAACAUCCCUACGCCGCCAUGGAGAACUGGGGCCUCAGCGUCUUCGUGGAGCAGAAGAUCCUGCUGGACGCCGACGUGUCGUCGUCGUCCUACCAGAUGGAGCUCACCAUGGUGGUCGUCCAUGAGAUCUGCCACCAGUGGUUUGGCGAUCUGGUGACGCCGGUGUGGUGGGAGGACGUCUGGCUGAAGGAAGGCUUCGCGCAUUUCUUCGAGUACGUCGGCACAGAUUUCCUCUUCCCAAAGUGGAACAUGGAGAAGCAGCGGUUCCUGACCGACGUCCUCCACGAGGUGAUGCUGCUGGACGGACUCAGCUCCUCCCAUCCCAUCUCCCAGGAAGUGGAGCAGGCGACGGACAUCGACCGCGUCUUCGACUGGAUUGCCUACAAGAAGGGGGCGGCGCUGAUCCGGAUGCUGGCGAACGUGAUGGGGCAGCCGCUGUUCCAGAAGGGGCUCAACGAUUAUCUCCUGAGCCACAUGUACAGCAACGCAGCCAGAGACGACCUUUGGAGCAAACUAACUCAGGCCAUGCGCUCAGAAGGGCGGGACAUCGACAUCGGGGAGAUGAUGGACAGAUGGACUCUGCAAAUGGGCUACCCUGUCGUCACCAUCAGCAAGAACCAAUCAGAGCAGCUGCCAACCCAUUACAUCACCGUCACCCAGGAGCACUUCCUGUACGGAGAGGAAGUCAGAAACAACCUCAGUUUGCAGUGGCAGAUCCCGUUGACCGUCGCCGUGGGAAACGCGUCCGCCGUCUGCCUGGAGAGCCUCAUCUGGAUCAACAACAGGACAGAAAGCCACAGGAUUGGUCAGAUGGACGACAGCACCUGGCUGCUGGGAAACAUCAACCAGACUGGCUACUUCCGCGUGAACUAUGACCUCCAGAACUGGAAGCUGCUCAUUCAGCAGCUCCACAACAACCCUCAGAUCAUUUCUGUUGGAAACAGAGCAGGUCUCAUCGACGACGCCUUCAACCUGGCCAGGGCGGGGUACCUCCCACAGGGCGUUCCCCUGCAGCUGAUUGGCUACCUGCCGGAGGAGACGUCCUUCCUGCCGUGGCACGCCGCCAGCCGGGCGCUGUACCAGCUGGACAAACUGUUGGACCGCACAGACGACUACAGGCUGUUCAGCGACUACGUGCUGAAGCACGUGGCGUCCCGGUACCAUCAGAUGGGCUGGCCGACAAACGGACCGGGAACAGAGGGAAACAUCCUGCAGGCGUCGUACCAGACUGAGGAGCUGCAGCGGGAGCUCAUCAUGCUGGCCUGCAGCUUCGGGAACAAGCAGUGCCACCGCCAGGCCGUCGCCUACAUCUCCGACUGGAUCUCCAGCAACAAGAACAGGAUUCCUCCCAACAUCCGGGACAUCGUUUACUGCACCGGGGUCAGCCUGAUGGACGAGGACGUGUGGGAGUUUAUCUGGAUGAAGUUUCACUCCACCAGCGCCGUCUCAGAGAAGAAGAUCCUGCUGGAGGCGCUGACCUGCUCCGACAACACCUUCCUCCUCAACAGGUUACUGAACCUGUCUCUGACCUCUGACCUGGUCCCUGAGCAGGACGUGAUCGACGUCAUCAUCCACGUUGGACGAAACCCUCAAGGUCGGAACCUGGCCUGGAAAUACUUCCGAGACAAGUGGGACAUCCUGAACGCCCGAUACGGAGAAGCUUUGUUCAUGAAUUCAAAACUCAUCGGUGGAGUCACAGAGUUCCUGAACACGGAGCGAGAACUCAACGAGUUAAAGGAGUUCAUCCAGUCCAGUGGCGUGGGGGCGGGGCCUGCGAUGCCGCGGGCGCUGGAGAUCGUAGAGGGGAACGUCCGUUGGCACCGCCUCCACCGGCGGCACUUCUACCAGUGGCUUCGCAAACCUCCGAGCUCCACCUACGGCUAACGCUUCGCCGGCUCGCUGAACGAAGCUAACUGCACUCUGACUGCUAAGCUAAUGCACUUCUAGCUAACGGACGCACUCAGAACAACUGGCCUGACUGGUUAAUGGGCCGGUUUCUGAACUGGUUUUGUUUUAAAAGAAGUUAAAUGUGUUCAUCGAUGGUUUUUCUCAACAUGAAGCCCCUGUGGUCAAAUUGUGCUGUAAAAACGUGACAACUGUUGAUCCAGGCAUGGGUUAGCUAGCCUCAGAUUUUAUAUCCGUCAACAAAAUAACAACCAACAAAAUGAAACAACAAAAACUUUGGAAUUUAAAGAAAACCGAAAUGUUUGGCUGACUAUACCCUUAAGCUCUUCCCAUACAUUUUAUUUCUUUCCAUUGACAAAAGUUAACUGAUUGCUAACAUCUUGACUUUAAUGAAACAUAAGCCAUAUAAGUGAUAAAAAAUAAAUGAUUGAUUUUGUUGUCCGAGUUGCUAAGUUAAGUAAAGGAGUGUUAAUUUGAAAAUAGCACAUAAUAUAGAUGCAAAAGUUGAUUAAAUUAAACAUAAUUGCCUUUAACUUCAAAUCACUAGAUGGCAGCAGAGGACUUCUGCCAGGGGAAUGUGUGGAAUAUGCAUCAACAGGCAUUAGUGGGAAAUGUACGCUACAUUAGCCGCAUUAAGACUGGAAGUAAUUUGAGGCAAACUAUCUUAAUAGAUGGAAAAAGAAACAAUUCAUUUGCAAAGAUCUAUCGAUGAGACGAGUAAAAACAAAAUACUUUUAAUAUUUCAGUUUCCAAAUGUCUUAAUCAGAAAAAUCUAACAGAGUUGCUGUGGAUUUUAAAAGGUAUGAAACCUCUCAAAAUUAGCAGCAAUGUCUGUAAGUUGACAAGUUUAGAACUUUAACUGACCAAUCAGAACAAAGUAGCUCAUCA